AUGGCAGACAAAACAAUAUUUAUUGACCUCGAGUUGAAUUACAUUGAACUCGUGGACAAGGUCUGUAGAGCUGCUGGUUUUGAUAAGGGAAUAGUGACAGUACGUUAUGUUCUUGUGUGGACUGAUAGUUCUGCUAGAUGGGGUUAUAUGCAUAUUCACGACGACGAGGGUAUACCGUUGAUAUACCUAGUGUCACAGAAUUGGCCUAAAUUGUACGUUUGUUUUGCGCCAAUUGAUGGGGUUGAUUCAUAUGGGCAAGCUAGUGGUGCAGGUACAAGAGGUGCAGGUACAAAUACUGAUAGUCAAAAUGAAGACAGUGUAGAUGAAAGGGGUGAAGAGGAAGUCAUGGAACAGGCUGGUAGUGACGACGAACACGUCCCAUCAGGUGAAUCCUCUGAUGAAGAAGAUGGCAAUGACACUAGUGCAUCUGUUAAUUCCAGAUGGAAGGCUUAUGAGGCUUACGUCGACAUAAGUGGAUGGGACAAUCCUCCUAUGGAGAAUGAUACUUAUGCUGAAAAGAUGUGGGACUGUGUCAUUGAUCAUAUUAAGGCUGGGGUACAUUUCUUGUGCAAAGAUGAUGCACAGGAUGCUGUGACCAAAUGGUCCACUGAUCGAGGUAGAACUUUCAUCACUGUUAAAUCUGAUGGGUCAAGAUGGUGUGUAAAAUGUGCGACGUCAUCUCCAAAGUAUCCUCAAGAGCGCCUUGGCGGCAUUCCAUGCAAUUGGUGGGUACGGGUGACGAAGCAGGAUGAUACAUACUUAUGGAAAGUGGUGAUAUGGUCGGAUUCCCAUACUUGUCUUGGGGAAAACAACAAGAAAGACAGCCAAAACAUGACGUCGACACUGGUUGCUCGACUUGUCGCACCUAGUGUUCGGUUAGAGCCAACUUACAAAGUCAAGCUCGUUCAAGAAAAUAUCUUUGAUGCGUACCAUGUGAAUGAUAAGAACAGAAUAGCCCACGAGUCAAUGGUCAAGUGGGAGAAAGCUAUGGUAGUUAAUUGCUCAAGCAGCUUGACUAAUUUCAAUAAUAUCUCCACUGAUCAAGAUGCUCUCUUGGCAUUCAAAAAUCAAAUUACAUAUGAUCCUUACCAUAUUUUGGCAAGGAACUGGUCCCUCGGCACUUCAUCAUCAGUCUGUGAUUGGAUUGGCGUCACUUGUGGUUCUCGUCGUCAUCGCAGAGUCACCGCCUUGAAUAUUUCAAACAUGGGUCUUUCCGGCACGAUACCUCCACAUCUUGGGAACCUCUCUUUUUUAGUUUCGCUUGAUAUUUCUGGUAAUGAUUUUCAUGGCGAAUUGCCAGAAGAAUUAUCACAUCUUCAGCGCCUAAAAGUUCUUUUUUUCCGCAACAACAAUUACUAUGGUGAGAUUCCAUCAUGGAUUGGGUCCUUGCAUCAACUUCAAUUCUUGAGUCUUAGGAAUAAUAGUUUUGUUGGAAAUAUCCCAACCUCUAUCUCCAACCUAACAAAUCUUCAGCAUUUAUGGUUAUCGUUUACUUCUGUUCAAGGAAGUAUUCCCAAGAGUUUCGGAAAUCUUCAGAAUUUGAAAGAAUUAGUUAUGGUGUCCAACGAAAUUUCGGGUCCUAUUCCUCAUGAGAUAUUCAAUAUUUCAUCUCUUGAAUUUAUUGCUUUAUCGAACAACAGCCUAUCCGGUAGUCUGCCAAGUUCAAUUUGUAACCAUCUUAAAAAACUUGUAUGGCUCGAUCUGUCAACUAACAAGUUAAAUGGCCAAAUACCCUCCGGUGUAUCUCAAUGUGCGGAACUUGAUUUAUUGUCCUUGUCUUUCAACCAUUUUGAUGGAUUCAUACCGAAAGAAAUUGGAAGUUUGAAAGCACUUGAAGGGCUCGAUCUCAGCAACAAUGAUCUGGAAGGGGAAAUUCCAAAAGAAAUGGGUAACUUGACUAUGCUCGUGCAACUAUCCCUUUCUGAGACGAAUUUGGCAGGUACCAUACCAAAGGAGUUGGGAAGACUUCAGCAUCUUGAGUUACUGGAGCUUCUAGGUAACAAUUUAAAUGGUACCGUUCCCUUUGAGAUUUUCAAUAUCUCGUCUAUCAGUUGGAUCCUCCUUGCUGAGAAUAGCCUAUCAGGAAAUCUUCCAUCUAAUAUGUGUGAUAAACUUCCUUAUUUAGAAGAUCUUCUUCUUGGCGUAAACCACCUUGGUGGUGCUUUACCUAAGUCCAUUUCAAACUGUUCCAGUUUCAAAUGGAUCGACUUCGAUUCAAACAACUUUGUGGGUUCAAUUCCUAACUCUAUACGAAAUCUUAGACUACUUGAGACUUUGAGUCUUGAUUAUAACUUCUUCACAAGCGACUCUCCAAAUUCUGAACUUGGAUUUAUAACUUCCUUGACAAAUUGCAAGUUCUUGACACAAUUGUAUUUGGAUGAAAAUCCGCUAAGUGGCUAUCUCCCAGAGUCAAUUGGCAAUUUAUCUACUUCUCUUGAAGAGUUUAGUGCGCCAGAUUGCAAGAUCGAAGGCAAAAUUCCAAAAGCAUUUGGAAACUUAUCUAGUUUAAUCUUUCUAAGCCUAGAAAACAACCAAUUGGUAGGGUCGAUUCCUGAAACAUUUAAGGGUUUGCAGCAACUUCAAGUUGUAACUAUACACAACAAUGAAUUGGAUGAGGGAGUGCAUGUUAUGUGCGGCUUACAAAAAUUGGACACUUUAGAUCUAAGCAGAAAUCAGAUUUUUGAGCCAACUCUCGAAUGUUUGGGCAACAUUACCUCUUUAAGACACCUCCUCUUAAAUUCAAAUAGAUUUGCUUCUACUGUACCAGCAAGCUUGUUCAACCUCAAAGACCUCUUGGAGCUUAAUCUUUCAAAAAAUUUAUUGAGUGGGCCUCUAUCUCCUGAAGUUGGAAACUUAAAAGUUGUAACACAACUUGAUUUCUCAUUCAACAACCUAUCAAGUGAUAUUCCAAGCACAAUUGGGAAUCUACAAAACCUAGAAAACUUUUCUCUAGCCUUCAAUCAAUUUCAUGGAUCGAUUCCAGAGUCAAUGGGAAAGAUGGUAAGUGUGAAGAGACUGGACUUGUCACAUAACGAUCUCUCUGGGAUUAUCCCAAUGGCAUUGGAAACGCUACAAUACCUAUAUUACUUUAAUGUUUCUUACAAUCGGUUGAGUGGUGAAAUUCCAUCUCGUGGUCCCUUUCAAAACUUAACAAGUGAAUCUUUCAUUUCAAACAAAGCACUUUGUGGAGCCUCGAGGUUCCACGUGCCAUCAUGCCCAAAAUCACGACCUUCUAAAUGGAGAAACAUUAGGUCGCAUAUGGUUUUGUAUAUUAUGCUUGGCUUGGCCUCUACUGCAGGGACUAUCACCUUGGCAUUUGUUUGCAUUAAAUGCCUGAGGAGAGAGAAGGGUCUGGUUCCAACUAUGAUGGAUGCACAGUUAGUUGUUGGGCACGAAAGAUUUACGUAUUACCAGCUAGCGAAUGCAACUGAUCGGUUCCAUGAGAGCAAUGUGUUGGGGAAAGGAAGCUUUGGAACUGUUUAUAGAGGUAUCUUAGAGGGAGGGAGAAUUGUUGCCAUUAAAGUGUUCAAUUCAGGAGUUCAAGGAGCAUUUCAAAGUUUUAGCAAAGAAUGCGAAAUAUUAUGCAACAUUCGUCAUAGAAAUCUCACGAGAGUCAUUAGCAAUUGCUCUAUGCCAGAUUUUAAGGCAUUAGUACUUGAGUACAUGCACAAUGGUAGUCUUGAAAAGUGGUUGCAUUCAAACAACUAUUUCCUGAACAUUAUGCAGCGUUUGGACAUAAUGAUCGAUGUAGCCACUGCACUAGAAUACCUUCACAAUGACCAUUCGACAUCAAUGGUUCACUGCGAUUUAAAGCCCAGCAACAUCUUGUUGGAUGAGGAUAUUGUGGCACAUAUAAGUGAUUUUGGUAUUGCAAAAUUCUUGAGGGAAGAGGACAGUUUCAUAUACACAAAUACAAUCGCUACAUUCGGUUAUGUUGCACCAGGUAAAAAGUAUGAGUUGUAA